AUGGAUGGAGACUCUCCUCCACCACGGCACAACCCGCCACACAUACGUCUGAAUUCAGGCAACCAUGACCUGCUGCAGCUGGCAUCGAGCGCGAGUCCAGACAGCACAACUCGUCCUGCUUCCACACGCCAGCCUUCGUCGCGAUCUCUCACACAGCCCAGUCGCCCUGGCACUGCGCCGUCAUUGAGAACCGCUCCCAGCGGCCAUUCACUUUACCAUUCAGCAGCGCCAGCUGAAUCUGCAGAGCUUUUACUACCGCCUCGAAAAGUAAACACAAGACGAUUCAGGGACGAUGACAGCCCGCUACGCUCACCCAUAUCUCCGGGAGGCUACAACAGCCGAAGAACAUCGUGGUCAUCAGAAAGUGCGGGCAGCAGAGACAGCAGAUAUGCCGGUCCAUUUGCCUCGCCAUUCGACGAUUCCCGCGCUCCUUCAAGAGCCGGCAGCGACGACGCCAAUGUCAACACUCAGACUGUCAGCGAAAAGUUUAACAUUUUACCUUCGGCAGGGCUCUUGCUAUUUCCUGAGGAUGUAGAAAAGGACGAUUAUCUGCACAAUCCAGACCCAAAUGACCCUCCGGACAAGCUGAGCUGUGCAGAUCUGUUCAGCAAAAGAGGUCUCAUGAAUGUGGGCAGUUUGGCCUUAAUCACCCUUGGACUGCUCAUUCUCUUCAUUGGCUACCCCAUAUUAACAUUCGUGCAAAACAAAAUCAACCCUGGUGGAAACUCGUGUUCUUCCGACCCUGACUGUUUAUCCGAUGAUGUCCCUCUUUUGAAAAACCUGCGCACUGGUCUCAUCGACCCCGACACUCCUUCCAAUGCCAUGACCAGAACUGGAGAUAACGGCAAGAAGCAGCAGUUGGUCUUCAGCGACGAGUUCAAUGAAGCCGGACGCACAUUUUACGAUGGCGAUGAUCCUUAUUUCCAGGCAAUGGACUACUGGUAUGGUGUCACGAUGGAUCUCGAAUGGUAUGAUCCAGAUGCUGCAUCAACGGGCAAUGGAACAUUGAACCUCAAAUUUGAUGCGUUCAAGAAUCACGACUUGAACUAUCGCUCUGGUAUGGUCCAGUCGUGGAACAAGCUUUGUUUCAAGGGUGGCUAUAUCGAAGCCUCGAUUUCUCUCCCCGGACGUGGAGACACAGUUGGCUUUUGGCCAGGGUUCUGGACCAUGGGUAACCUUGGCAGACCGGGCUACGCCGCAACGACUGAUGGAAUGUGGCCGUACAGUUACGACCAUGUCUGCGACGUAGGAAUAACGCCCAACCAAUCCGAUCCAAGCGGAAUCAACUGGCUCCCUGGUAUGCGUCUGCCCGCUUGCACAUGUUCUGGCGAAGACCAUCCUUCUCCAGGAAAGAGCAGGAGCGCACCAGAAAUUGAUGCUAUUGAAGCGUCAGUCGAGUUCCUAGCGCCAGGCGCUGGCAUUGGUGCUGCAUCGCAGUCAUUUCAGGUCGCUCCUUUCGAUGUGUGGUAUCAACCACAAGCCGACUGGAUGGAGAUCUACGAUCACCGAAUCACCGAAGCAAAUUCAUACCAGGGUGGUCCGUAUCAACAAGCCAUUUCUGGCCUGUCGGCAUUGAACAAUGACUGGUAUGAUGGAAAGGCAUACCAGAUCUACGCGUUUGAGUACGAGCCGGGUGCGAAUGGGUACAUCACCUGGUACGUGGGUGACAAUCCAACCUGGAAGAUCUUUGGAAAGUCGGUCGGCCCCAAUGGCAACGUCGGUCAGAGAAUCAUUCCAGAAGAGCCGAUGACGAUCAUUGCAAAUUUCGGUAUGAGUAAUGGCUUCUCUGCCAUCAACUUGACUGGUAUAAUGCCUCUGCUUCCGGCGACGAUGCGGAUUGACUACAUCCGCAUCUACCAGCAAGAUGGAGACGAGAUGACAUGUGAUCCGGAAGGAUAUCCGACCACAAACUACAUCGCAUCGCAUCCGGAGCCUUAUGCCAACAUCAACAUCACGCACUGGGAGCAAGCGGACUACACAUUCCCACAAAACUCGUUCAUGCACGGCUGCAAGGCUGAGAACUUCCACGACAAGAAGAAAAGAUCAGCCCCUCAAUCUGCAAAGUUGAAGCGGCAAAGAUGA